AUGGCAGAUAGUGACAAGAUGAAAGGCUUCAAGCCCCGUUCUGCUCAGCAGUCACCACCCAAAUUCCAUUAUCCCUUCUGGUUCGGUGGCUCUGCCUCUUGCAUGGCCACUGGGGUAACGCAUCCUUUGGAUCUUUUAAAGGUCCGCCUCCAAACACGCAAACCGGGCGACCCAGCUGGCAUGUUCAGAACUAUGAUUUAUAUCAUCAAGAAUAAUGGAGUUUUUGGGCUAUAUAAUGGCCUUUCCGCCUCCCUCCUUCGCGGCAUCACAUAUUCCACCACCCGCUUCGGCGUCUACGAAGAGCUGAAAUCCCGAUUCACCACCGUAGGGUCAUCCCCGUCACUCCCCACCCUCGUCUCAAUGGCCUCCAUAGCAGGGUUUGCAGGUGGCCUGGUCGGAAACCCCGCCGAUGUCCUAAACGUCCGCAUGCAAUCCGACGCCGCGCUUCCCCCCGCGCAAAGACGAAAUUACAAACACGCCUUCCACGGCCUGAUUCAGAUGGUUCGCAUGGAGGGCGCUUCAAGUCUGUUCCGCGGCCUGUGGCCGAACUCCGCGCGGGCAAUACUCAUGAACGCAUCACAGCUAGCCACAUACGAUUUUUUCAAGAGCAUAUGUAUGCGACACUUUGGCAUGUCGGAUAACAUCAACGCACACUUUACCGCAUCGCUAAUGGCAGGGUUCAUAGCGACGUCCAUAUGCAGUCCGGUCGAUGUGAUCAAGACGCGGAUCAUGACUGCGAGUCCCGCGGAAUCGAAGGGACAGGGUAUCAUUGGGCUGUUGAAAGAGGUGGUCAGGAAGGAAGGGUACUCGUGGAUGUUUAGAGGGUGGACGCCUAGUUUUGUGCGCCUUGCGCCGCAGACGAUUGCGACGUUUCUGUUUUUAGAAGAGCAUAAGAAGAUUUAUCGGGCUUUGAAUCCACCAGCCGCGGCGCCAGGGGUUGCGAUAUAA